AAGCAAAAACCAAAAUGCUGCAAACCAAUAGCUUUCCCUCUUCGCGGAAAUUGCCUCCCUUUCAGCCACGUAUUGAUGAUAAUCCAUAUUAUUCCUUUUCCACUGGCUUUCAAAUUCUUUUCAACACCCAUAAAAAAUUGUAAAACAUGCUUUUCAACUCCCGAACGUCUCUUCCUCGUCGACCCAAAUAAUUUUCUUUUCUUAACACCAUAGUCUAAAAUGGCCUAUAAUAAUAAUAAUAAUAAGAAUAAUAAUGAAGCUGACGGUCAAAUUUUGUGCUACUAGUAUUCUUCUCUUCCAAAAAAUAUCAACCCAAAGCUCCAAUUAUAAGCCUCCUGCUGCUGCUUUCAGGCUUUGAGAGUUGAGAAGAAAACUAUGGUUAUGGAGGAAACUGAGAAGCCGAUAGAGGUUAGAGCUAUGGAAGCUUUGGGAAAAGGUAUUGAUAUAAGUGGAGAUUUCAGGUUGAAAUAUGCCAAGGGAACCAGAUUGGUGGUGCUUGAUGAAACCAAUAAAAGAGACAUUGUAUUUCCAGGUGCUUUUACUGUCCAAGGUGUUUCCCAAGAUAUCCGUCUUGAUAAAGGCGAUCGUAUUCGAUUCAAAUCUGACGUUCUUGAAUUCAAUCAGAUGUCUGAGUUACUUAAUCAGAAAUCUUCAAUACAAGGAAAAGUUCCUUCAGGCUAUCUUAACACUAUCUUUGAUUUGACUGGGGACUGGCUUCAUGAUGCUGCAGGCACCAAAAAUCUUGCUUUUGAUGGUUAUUUUAUCUCAUUGUACCAUUUACACCUUACAGCAUCUCCGCUUAUACUGCAUGACAGAGUUAAGAAGUCUGUUCCUCCUCACUGGGAUCCAGCAUCAUUGUCUAGGUUCAUCCAGACAUAUGGGACACACAUAAUAGUAGGCAUGGCUAUUGGAGGUCAAGAUUUAAUUUGUGUCAGACAGAACAAUUCCUCUACAAUUCCUCCUGCUGAGCUCAGAGGGUAUUUGGAGGAUCUUGGAGAUGUUAUGUUUUCAGAUGGGAAAAGCCCUUCAUUACUACAGAGAAAAACAAGAGAUGGCAAACUAAAAGUGCCCGAGGUCUUUAAUCGCAUUCUGCAGUCAAACACCAUGCAGUUGGCCAGCAUUGCAGAAACAUCAAGCAAAGAUGGACUCUCUGUCAUUUGUUCAAAACGAGGAGGAAAUGUGUUUUUGCAUAGUCACUCCAACUGGCUGCAAACAGUACCUGCUAAACCAGAAGGAAUUUUGUUCAAGUUUGUACCAAUUACUUCUCUUCUGACUGGGAUUCCUGGAAGUGGGUACCUUAGCCAUGCGAUCAACUUGUAUCUUCGUUACAAGCCUGCUUCAGAGGAUUUAAGGUAUUUCUUGGAGUUUCAAGUUCCACGACAGUGGGCACCUAUGUUCUGUGAGCUGCCACUUAGGCAUCAGAGGAAAAAAGCUUCCUGCCCUUCCCUGCAAUUUUCUUUCAUGGGUCCUAAAAUACACAUCAGCUCUGCGCAGGUUUCAAGUGAUCUAAAACCAAUAGUUGGCCUCCGCUUGUACUUGGAAGGAAAGAAAUGCAACCGGUUGGCGAUACAUGUGCAGCAUCUCUCAAGUCUUCCAAAUAUAAUGACAUUCACAUCUGGCAGACCUUGUCAAUGGCGAGGUUCGGAGGACUAUAAUUCCAGUGAUCAAUUUUUAGAGCCAGUCAGAUGGAAGAGAUACUCAAAUGUGUGCACAUCAGUUGUUAAGCAUGAUCCUAACUGGUUGAAAGAAGUUUCGAGUGGUGUUUUUAUUGUAACUGGUGCACAGCUCCUUAACAAAGGGAAGUGGCCAAAGACAGUUUUGCAUCUCCGUUUGCUUUACACCCAUAUAACCAACUGCACAAUCCGGAAGACAGAAUGGGCAGCUGCACCUGAAACUUCUCGCAAGACAGGUUUCCUUACAAAUCUAAGCACAACUUUCACAUUCACUCAACGGGCAGUCACUGAGCAACAAAAGCAGGCUCCAACAGCACUUAACUCAGGUGUAUAUCCUGAUGGUCCUCCCACACCAAUUCGCUCCAAAAAACUGCUAAAAUAUUUAGAUAUAUCUGAGGUCGUGCGUGGUCCGCAUGAUGCUCCAGGACAUUGGUUGGUAACAGCAGCUAAGCUAGUCAAUGAGGGUGGUAAGAUUAGCUUGCAAGUGAAGUUUGCAUUGUUGGACUAUCCAUGAAUUUCAGCUUCUAUUGUACAUAUAGAGUGAGAUUGAUAUAUAACCAUACAAGAGAAAGGAAAGUUGAAUCACUCUUUUUCUAUAUCCCCUCUGUACAAGUGGAGAGUGCUAUAGCUCCAAUCUCCCCAAAGUCUUGCCCUUCCAACCACCUGAGCUGCAUCCCGAGUGGCCAAUUUGACUGCUGUCAUUGAUUUAUUUGUUAUCCUUUUUCCCUUUUUUUUUCUUUUGUUCAUUUUGAAACGGAACAAACUAUUCAUUUUAUUCACAGAGUUCCAUUUUUGUAACUGAGUGUAAAAUUUUAAUAGAAGCCAUGCCGUCAGUUUGUAAA